GAGUUUGUCUCCUCCCUCAUCUCUUCUUGAAGUGUGAAAAGCAGGAAGUGUCUGAUUUAGUUCAAACAGUCUGUUAAUGUGUCAGUAUGGGCUCCAGUGCACUGUCUCUCACACUCUUGCUGAUGUCCUUCAUCCACUCUGGACUCACUCAAGUUUCACCCAGAUCUACUCUGACUGUGACUCCAGACAACACAGUAUUCACUGGAGAGAGAGUGAUUCUGACGUGUGUGAUUGAGUCUGAUCACAGAGACUGGGAAUAUAUGUGGAAAAAAGGCAAAACUGAAGUGUCUGAGAGUAAAAUAAACACUUUCACUAUUAAACAAGCUAAAACAUCUGAUGCAGGUCUGUACACAUGUGAAGGAGAGAGAAGAGGAAGACCAAAUAAGUCACAAUCAAACUCUGUUUCUCUCUCAGUGAAGGAUUUACCCAGAUCUACUCUGACUGUGACUCCAGACAAUACAGUAUUCACUGGAGAGAGAGUGAGACUGAUGUGUGAGAUUGAGUCUGAUCACAGAGACUGGAGAUAUGAGUGGAGGAAAGACAGUGUAAAGUUACAGUCGUCUGAGCGUUACACUGUAGAGAGAAACACUCUCACUAUUGAAGGAUCUGAAUCAUCUGAUGCGGGUCAGUACACGUGUAGAGGACACAUAGAAGGAAGAUCAGUCUCAUCACAAUCAAGCUCUGCUGUUUCUCUCUCAGUGAAGGACUUACCCAAAACUGAACUGACUGUAGAUCCAAAGAGUCCUGUCUUCACUGGAGAGACGGUCGAUCUGAAGUGUGUGAUUGAGUCUGAUCACAGAGACUGGAGAUAUGAGUGGAAUAAAGACAGUGUAAAGUUACAGUCGUCUGAUCGUUACACUGUAAACACAGACACUCUCACUAUCAGAGCAGUAACUACAUCUGAUGAGGGUCAGUACACGUGUAGAGGACAGAGAGAUAAAAGACCGAACUCAUCACAGGAGAGUGAACCAAUAAAUCUGUCUGUUAAUGCAGCUUCAUCUUCUCUUCUGGUCACUGGUGUGGUUGUGGGAUCGAGUGUUUGUCUGUUGUUCUUCCUCUCACUGCUGCUGAUGUGGAGAUACAAGAAGAACAAAGAUCAGCAGCGUAACAUUAACCAGACAUCAGUCCCAAAUCAAUCUGCACAAUCUCAACUGGAGAACUUUCCUCUACAGUCUGCAGAUUCUGAUCACAUUUAUAACGACGGGACUGAAGUGAAUAAGAGAGACAAAGAUGAUUCAGAUCCCUUGAGAGAUGUCACAUAUUCAGAGGUCACUGUUAAGAAAAAGAUGGACAAAGCUAAAGCAGAGUCAAAUAAUGUGACGUACUCAGAAGUCGGAAAAAGAGGAAAGAAAUGCAAAAGUAAAGAUAUUAAUCCUGCAGGAGCCAGUGAUUUGACUUACGCACAGAUCAAUAUACAGGACAAGAAGAAAACCAAAGGCAAAGGUCCCUGAGUUCAGAGAAGACACCAGACGACUAAAAGAGAUUCACAGCCGCAGACACAGUAACGCUUGCAUUGCUUCAGAAAUGAUAAUGAGUGAACGGAUUAUACACAUGCUUGACUGAAAUACUUUACAGAUAUUAUCAUAUUAUCUGUACACAGAUCUAUCUGUAAUAUAUAUUCAAUCAUUUUCCAUUUGAGCUCUUUUGUUUAACAGCUUUAAGUGAAACUGCUCUUCAAGUUAUUACAUUAUUAGAUGAUUCGUCUGAUGCUGUACAGUAAUUAAACAGUAAUCGUGCACUUGUCUGAUAGUUAAAUAUAACAUUUUCUGUCUUAUUAAAUAAUGUCUGUGUUUUUGCCAA